GAUCAUGAGAUUGAUCAACGCUUUAGAGUUGUCUCCAUCUGUGGGAUGGGGGGGUUGGGAAAGACAACUCUUGCCCAAAAGGUAUACAAUCACCCUAAAGUGAGGCGCUGCUUUGAUGGCAUUGCUUGGGUAUAUGUAUCACAAACUUGGCAAAAGGAAGACAUAUUGCAACGGAUCUUGCUAAGCCUAAUCCCAGAAAAGAGAGAAGAAAUAGUGAAGUGGAGGGAUGAGGAGCUGGUCAGACAACUUUUUCAAAUCCUGCAAAAUAAGAAAUGUCUUGUGGUUCUUGACGACAUUUGGGCCACAGAACCAUGGGAAUGUAUAAAGCAAGCAUUUCCAAUUAGAAACGACGGAAGCAAGAUCUUAGUUACCUCUCGCAAUAAAGAUGUGGCUUUGCAUAUUGAUCCCAAUGGUUUUCACCACCAACCGCGCUUUUUAAGUGAGGACGAAAGUUGGCAGCUGCUUCAGAGGAAAGCUUUACGGGGCAGGUUUCAUGGAGAACAUGAAGAUUUAAAAAAAUUGGAAAACUUGGGGAAGGAAAUGGUGAAAGCAUGUGGGGGUCUUCCAUUGGCUGUGAUAGUACUCAGCGGAACUCUUGCCACCAAGAAGGACCUGAAUGAGUGGGCGACUGUCAAUAGAAACAUUAAAGCUCAUCUUGGAAGAGGGAACAACUUGAUCAAAGAAGAAGGAAAUCUGCACAAGAUAUUAGCUUUAAGCUACAAUGACUUGCCCUACAAAUUGAAGCCUUGCUUCCUUUACCUGAGUAGAUAUGAAGAAGACUCUGACAUAGGCACAGAGAAAUUGUACCAGUUAUGGAUUGCAGAGGGUAUAAUAUCAACAAAAGAUCAGAUUGGUGAAGAAUCAAUGAUGGAUGUAGCAGAAAGAUACCUGGGAGAAUUAGUAACACGGUGCAUGGUUCAAGGUAAAGCCCCUGAUGAUGAUGAUGUGAUGCUGUCCUCCGCUGGAAGAUCAUUUGCAUCGUGUCGCCUUCAUGACUUAAUGAGAGACCUCAGUUUGGUCAAGGCCAAAGAGGAGAAUUUCUUGUUAUCCAAAAGCUAUUAUCAUGAUGGAAUUCUCAAUGAGUAUGGCAAUAAUGAUCACUCACAAGUUUACCGUCUAGCCGUCCAUUUUUCUAAGGAGGAUGUAAGGAAAUAUGUCCCUCCAGCUGAGAAGAGACAUACUAGGCACCUGAGGUCACUCGCCUUGUUGGUCUCAGGUAAUGAUGGUUAUGAAGGGCGUCUUCCUAAGAAAAUGAAGUCUCAAUUCAAUCAUUUCAAAAUGCUCAGAGUGUUGGCCAUUGAAGGGAUCCGUCCUGCGUUCUCUGAAGAUCGCACACUUAAAAGUGAAUUUCUCCAAGUAGCAGAUCACUUGAGGCUCCCAAAAGCUAUUGGGGAGCUGAUCCACCUGCGAUACUUGAGUUUGAGACGUUCAAUUUUCCUCUGUUUGUCAUCGUCCUUGGGCAACCUACAAAACUUGCAGACACUUGAUUUACGAGUUGCCACUCUAUUUAGAAUACCCAAUGUGCUCUGGAAGAUGAGACAACUUAGGCACUUGUAUCUUCUGCCGGAUUUGUGCUGCGGGAAAUUGCGACUCAAGGGAUUGGACAAGCUUGAGAUCCUAGAAAACUUCUGUCCUCCGACUUGCUCAUCUCAAGACAUAUCCACGUUGAGGAACCUUCGAGUACUAUCAGCCAUGGUGCAGUUAGAUGACCUUGAUGAGGGGUUUCCCACAGAAAUCCAAAGAUUAAUGUCAAACUCAGACCACGUGGGUUGCAGAUCCCUAUGUAUUUACUCUUACAAAGAUUCAGAAGCCACUGCCGCCUCAAUCAAGAAGAAAGUGUCGGAUGUUGUUGGUCAGUGUUUCUCUAGUCGCAAUCUUCAAGGCUUAGAGGUAAAUUGUCCCAUGGCCAAUUUUCCACAGUACGAAGCCCGGUACAUGUGUGCAAGCCUUCUUAAAUUAGAGCUAUCCAGUCUCGAGAUAGAGGAAGAUCCCAUGGAGACAUUGGAAAGGCUUCCUAAUCUACGGUCACUUCACUUGAAAUAUAGAUCUUUUCUCGGCAAAGAAAUGAGGUGCAAGGCAAUGGGUUUUGGCCAACUUAGAUUCCUUCGUUUUGAAGAUCUACAGAACUUAGAGAAGUGGAAUGUUGAUGAAGGAGCCAUGCCCAACCUUUCGGUCUUGACGAUUGAAGAGUGCACAAAGCUGGAGAUGGUUCCGAAUGGAUUGAGAUUCGUUAAAACUCUGAAAGAGUUGAAGAUUGUGCGGAUGCCAAAGGAAUUCACAGAUAGGAUCCAAGCAGCAAAUGGUGAAGAUCAGGGACAGGAUUUUGACAAAGUCUCCCAUAUACCCACCAUUAUUGUCCGUAAUGUUUCAUUAUAUUGUUACUGAGCAUUGUUGAUCAGUUAGGAUCAAUUUGACGAGCAAGAUUUAUUCACUGCUGGAAUGUGAUACUAUCAAACAUUUGCCAUUUUAGUACGAUAAAGUCGAGCCAAGUUGGACUUGUAUUAAUUAUGUGUCUUGGUGUACGAUCAUUUUUUUUUUUUUGGGUCAAAAGUCGAGUCUCCAGUUACUAUACUUGGACUUGUAUUAAUUAUGUGUCUCAUAACUAUGAUUUUCACUCAGCUUAUAGUUUUGCAUGUUUCUCGGUGUAAUUUGUCUA